CGCAUUAUGCUUUGACCAGAGCAUUCGCAUUAAAAGGACAACGCUCUCGUGCGUACGUGUGUGCUCACGGCUCACGGUGUGUGCGGCCCGUGUCUGUGUGUGAGUGCGAGCGAGUCCUUUCGACGCCUGCGUCGCCAGCGUCCUGACAUCGAACUGCCGUUCAGUCAACGCUUGCCGCUCAGACCGCUCAGACAUGUCGCGCCCGUCGUGAGUGCUUUUAGUUAGCUAGUACGCAUAUACAUAUAUCUAUAUAUAUUUAUAUAUAUACAUCCUCGAAGAGAGAACGAGCAGCAGCCAUCAAGUCAAAGACUGUAAAACGCAAAACAACGACGCCAUCAGAUGUUGCAGGAUUAAAUUAAAUUAAAUAUAUACAUAACUCACCAAAACCAAAGCAAAUCAUUCUACAAGAAUCGCAAAUUGAAAAAAACAAAAGUGUUUCGUACUAAACGUCAAACAGUGCAAAUUAGUUACAAUUAGUUCAAGAGGAGCAAAAGUUUCGCAUGCAAAUACACAAUAAAAUAAUGUGCAAUAAACUUCAACUAAAUACAAACAAAAGCAAUACAGCAGCAGCUAAAUCAACAACAAGCAAGCGUUGCUUAUUUGGGCACACAAAUACUUUUGCCAUUUCUUUGGGAUUUACGCACGGAGAGCAUCGAACAAACUAGAGAAGCUAAUAAAAAAAACCUUCGAAGCCCAUCACAAAUCGAAGUUAAGCAGCAAUAUCCGAGAGAAAAGUUUCGAGUAGGCAAGGCAAACGAACGAACCGGAAUCGGAAUCAUGAAAAUGUCAGAGGUGCCUCGCAUUAUGGUCUUUCGACCCACUUGGGAGGAGUUCAAGGACUUUCCCAAGUACGUUGCCUACAUGGAGUCCCAGGGCGCCCACAAAGCCGGUCUGGCCAAGGUGGUCCCACCGCCGGAAUGGGUACCCCGCCGCAGUGGCUACGCCGACUUGGAUGCCCUGAAUGUCACGAUACCGGCGCCCAUCUGCCAAGUGGUCACCGGCAAGCAGGGCUAUUACCAGCAGAUAAACAUACAGAAGAAACCGCUGACCGUGAAGCAAUUCAGCGAGCUGGCCAGCACGGAGCGUUAUGCCACGCCCAAGCACUUUGACUUUGAGGAUCUGGAGCGAAAGUACUGGAAGAACAUAACCUAUGUGGCGCCCAUUUACGGGGCUGAUGUCAGCGGGAGCAUCACAGACACCGACCAGGAUAGCUGGAACAUCAACCGGCUGGGCACGAUCCUAGAUUAUGUGAACAAGGACUACAACAUUCAGAUCGAUGGUGUUAACACCGCGUACUUGUACUUCGGCAUGUGGAAGACGACCUUUGCCUGGCACACGGAGGACAUGGAUCUGUAUUCGAUUAAUUACCUACACUUUGGGGCCCCGAAAACGUGGUACGUUGUGCCGCCCGAGUGUGGUCGCAAGCUGGAGAAGGUCGCCAAUCAGUAUUUCCCGGCCAGUUACAAAAACUGCAAUGCCUAUCUGCGCCACAAGAUGACGCUCAUCUCGCCGCAGAUCCUAAAGCAGCACGAUGUGCCAGUCAGUAAGAUUACGCAGGAAGCGGGCGAGAUCAUGAUCACGUUUCCUUUCGGUUACCAUGCUGGGUUCAACCAUGGUUUCAAUUGCGCCGAGUCCACCAACUUUGCCAUGGAGCGGUGGAUCGAGUACGGCAAGCGGGCGGUUCAGUGCACCUGCAGCAAUGACAUGGUGAAAAUCUCCAUGGACACCUUCGUCAAGCGCUUCCAGAGCGAUCGCUAUGACAUGUGGAUGAACGGGCGCGAUGUGGGCCGGCAUCCCGAGGAUCCCUCGAAUGCGGUGCUGAGCGCAGCUCCCCUGCCGCCUCAUCUCGAUGUCCUGCUGUGUGAUAAAAAAAUGAAAAAGCAAUGCAAUCCCACCAAGGCCAAGAGCUUCAAGGAGCGCAAUCCCGAUCUGGAUCUGGAUGAAAUCCAGCAGAAUCCCAACGUUCCCGACGACGUCAAGGCCAUGCUGAAGGAGAGUGUGCUCACGCUGGACACGGGCGAAGUGGGCGGGGAGGAGGGCGAUUUCGGGAACGAGGACGCCAUGAGUUUGCAGAGCCCCGCCGAUCUGAAGACCAAGCAGGAGCUGCUCGAGUACAUAGACGAUGGCACAGAAGACGACGACGAGGAGGAGGACUUCAAGCGGCGCAAACAGAAGCGCAAGUACGAUGCCGACUACGAUGACGAUUGGUUGGCCUCCAAGCGAAAGAAUCACUCGAGAAACAACAGUCGGGGACGCAGUCCACGCACCAAGGACGAUCGUUCCAUAUCACCGGCGUCCUCGACUUCCUCAACGUCUCGAGGUGCAAGGCGUGGCAAGGCCAGCGGCACGCCCCGAAAAACACCAACGAGGCGGAAAAAGGACCCAAGUGCCACUUCGCCAGCGGUGGCAAGUGUUGCUGCCUCGCCUGCUGCUGCAACAUCGCCGGCAGCUGUGACCACCACAACAACAACAACAACAUCACUAAACACACCAGCAGACGGCGGCGGAGAUGCCAAAAAGGAGCAGCCGUCGCUGCAGUUUAUGCAACAGUCGCGUAAAUUCGAGGGCAAGAUACCAAAACUAAGUCAGUCGGAGAAAGCAGAAGCAACAGGAGCAGCAGGAGCACGGGAGGCAUCCACAUCCAAAUCUAGUCAAGAGCAGCAGCAACAGAUUGUCUACGUCAACAUGUUGCCAGCGGCCAAUACCCUCAACGGCAUUACACAGCAGCAGCAGCAAUACGGCAGCACGGAUGGCAAUGUCUAUCAGCUGCAAAACGAAAUACUCUGUGAUGCAAACGGACAUGCGGUGACUGCCGCCACGGCCACAUAUCAAACCACGGCCAGCAGUCCACAGCAGCAGCAGCAGCAACAGCAGCAACAGAAUGUUGCAACCAGUGUUGCCGACAAUGUGGUCACAACUAUUAGUUCGUCCUCCAUCCUGCACACGAACGCCAACACCAACGGAGUGGACACGCAACAGCAACAGCAGCAGCAGCAACAACAGCAGCAGCAACAGCAACAGCAACCACAUUAUCACUACAUCACCACCACCGGCGAGGAUGGACAAACACCGACCACCAUAGUGUUCGAGAACUACAACGGCGGAAUGCCGGCAGUGAGUGCCGCCGCUCCAACGCCCGUUCCCGUCUCCGUCUCGCAGGGCAAUCCCUCGGCGACCACGACCACCACGGCGCUGGUGAACACGGACGGGACGAUCAUCGAGUUCGAUGGCAGCACCUACGAGGAGUACCAUGUGCUCAAGAGCGAGCCGGGCAGCAGCGAUUGCCUGAGCAACGGCAGCAGUGCCGUCGCCGCCGACAUCAUCAAGUACGAGCCGCAGCACGGGAUCGUUGGCGAUGAGGAGGACGACGAGGAGAACGGCCUGCUGCAGGUGAAGUACGAGGAGCAGAGCCUCGAGCACGACCCGGAGAACGAGCACGACGGGGAGCAGGAGCACGAGUUCGAGGAGUUCCAGGUGAUCAAGGCCGAGGUGGAGGCCGAGGCGGCGGAGCAGGCAGCUGGGACCACCAGCUACACCAUCAGCCAGGAUCAGCAGGGCACCAUCUCCUCCUCAAUGGUGCCCAAGUCCGGUUCGGCGGCGGCGGCCAAGCAGAAGCGCAAACGCAAGACGCGCGUCAUCGCCGACGACGAACAGGGCGAGUAUCUGGAGAAGAUGAGUGUGCGCGGCCUGGACAUCGCUCGCUACGAGCACAUCAUCGACGGGGUGGCCUACUGUCUGGUCUGCGCCAAGAACGACAUCUUCAAGACGUUCAAGAACAAGUACAGCUUCCAGCGGCACGCCUACCUCUUCCACGAGGGCCAGAACCGCAAGAUCUUCGCCUGCCCCAUCUGCAACAAGGAGUUCUCGCGCCCCGACAAGAUGAAGAUGCACAAGAAGGACAAGCACGGCGACGUACCAAUGCCUCCCUCGGCCACCACGACGCCUCUAAAGUCCGAUGGUCCGCCGGCGAAGAGGGCGCGUGCCGCUCGGACGCCGCGAGUUCGCAAGUCGAAGGGUGGAGAUGGCAGCACGCCGGCGAAGAAGCGGCUGGCGCAGAUCGAUAGCGUGCUGGACGAUGUGCAGAAUGGUGAGUCGCUGGCCAUGACGCCGGUCAGCGUGAGUCACUCGCAGCAGCAGCAGCAGCAGCCGCAGCAGACGAUGCAGCACAGUCUGACCACCACGCUGGCUCCCACGACGCCGGCGCAGCCGCAGCAUCAGCUGCAGACGCUGCCCUCGCUGGACUUCAGCGGGAUGAUCCUGCCGGGCGGAGCGCAGCUGGCCCUGGCCAAUCCGGGGGCCACCAGCUCCGUGGGCCUGCAGCGCGGACCGGGCACUCCGAAUGGCGGGCAGCCAACGGCGCCCACCACCACGCUGAUCUACUCCAACCAGCUGGAACUGCAGCAGGCGCUGCUGCAGCAGCAGUUGCACGGCCAGAGCAUCAUGAUCCAGGACCAGGCGGGCAAUCUGGUGCCGCUGCAACUGGACCCGGGCACCCAGGCGAUAUACACGACGGCGCCGCAGGCUCAGCGGCAACAGCCCACGGCGACCACAUAUCAGACGACGCAGCAGCAGCAGCAACAGCAGGCGCAGCAGCCGGGCAGUCAGGCGCAGCAGCAGCAGCAGCAGCCGCACUACGAGCUGGACAACGUGACCUAUCUGAGCUCCACGGCGGCGGCGACUCCUGCGGCGGCCGAUCAGCAGCAGCAGCAACAGCAGCAGCAGCAGCAGCAGCAGCAUGUGAUUGGAACCGUGCAGAGCUACCAGAUCCUGACGCCCGACGGCCUCCAGAACUUCCAGCCCAAACUGGAGCCGGCCGAACUGGGCGACCUGUGUCCCUACUCGCAGUACACCUUCACCACGCACGCGGGAGCGCAGCCCACGCUGAAUGCCAAUGCACUGGAUGCCCAGACGCAGCAUCAGCAUCAUCAGCAGCAGCAGGCGCACCACCAGCAGCAGCAGCACCACCAGCAGACGCAGCUGCAGCUGCAGCAGCAGCCCUUCGCCACGCACCACAAUCCCCACCAGCAGUUCAUGGAGCUGAAGAACGAGCUGCUGAUCAAGGGGGGCGAUGCCUACGCCCUGGACGCCGCCUCCAUGUACCACCUGCCCUUCUCGCCCACGUCGAUGAUCAAUGCGGUGAACGAUGUGAACACCUCGUCGCUGCUGGAAACCAAAGAAAUUAGCAGCAGCAGCAGCAACAGCAACAACAACAGCAGCAGCGGCAACAGCAAUGCCACCAGCGUGGUGAAUAGCAGCAAUGGCCUCAAGCCGGCGGCCAAGAAGACGCCCGUCAUCCUGUUGGCCGCCCGUGGUUCCACCAAGCAACCUCCGAUUAGCAUCCUCAAUGGAAACACCAAAGUGGGCAGCGGAAACGGUGCCGUCACCUUGGUGCGGGUAAAUGCCCCCGCCAAUCGCAAUCAGCGACAGGUUAUCGUCGCUCCGGAAGCAGCCUCUGUGGAACAGCAUCCUGUGGCCGAGGAAGAACUGCUGGCCGAGGACGAUGAGCUCGACGAGGAACUGGACGAGGAUGCCGUGGCCUUGGGUGCGCUCUCCUCGUCGACUGCUCAAAUCUUGCGCAAGUUCCGCAUACCCAAGGGCACGGCUGUGACGGCCAAGUCGGGUGACAACUACCUGGCCAUGCCCACGCCCACUCCAUCGCCGCCGAGCGCCGUCAAUUUGGCCAGUUCCGGUGUGGAGUCGGCCGGGUAUAUGGAGAACGAAGACGACAUCAUCGAGGAGCUGAACGAGGACGAUCUGGUCGAGGAGAUAAUUGACGAGGAGCCGAGCCAGGAGCAGCCGGAGUUGCAGGAGGCGACGAACAGCGAUGGUUUGGAUUUAAGUAGUAGCAAUACUGCGACGACGGCCACCACGGCGACCACAAUGCUAUUGGCUCCACAGCCGCCGCCGCUGCAGCUGCAGACGGUGGCCUCCAACGGAACCGUGACCUGCUUCAACCUGCCCAGCAACACCAUACUGUUGCAGUCGGCCGACGGCAGCAUCAUAGCCGCCACCCAGGUGCCGCAUCCCAGCAAGGCGGGUCAGCAGCAACUCAUAGCGCUGCCGGGCAACGUGGCCAUGGCCACUGAAGCAGCGGGUCAGGCGCAGGCCACCGCAACGCCACAGACCACGCAGACGCUGCUCCUGACCGCCGACGGUACGGCCAUUCCCAUACUGGCGACCACUCCGCAGCAGCAGCAGCAACAGCAACAGCAGCAGCAGCAACAACAGCAACAGGCGGCCGCUGCUGCUGCUGCUCAGUUGUUCGCCGCGUAGGGGCUAAUGGGUGGCCAAAUGGGUCGAUUUUUGAACAGUGCCACCAUAAUGCCGACCACUUACUUCUUUUAGAAAUCUCAAAUACUGUUCACUCGUGAUUCGGUUGCUCAUGGUGCAAAGCUUAUCCUUAGCUUUGUACCGUCAGCAACACUGGAAUGUUUAGUAUAUAUUCUUUUGGAGUUUUCGAACACGUCAAAAAUCGUCACAUUUGGCCACCAAAUAAAAUGGGAAGAAAAGGAACUGCGGGGGGAACUGUAGAAGCAGAUGCGAUUACACUGUAACAAUAUGAAUGAUUGAAUAAUAACUCAAACAUAAGCCAAGCUAAACUAAUUGAUAUUACCACACUGUUGGAUGUGCAUACAAAAUUUAUUUUUUUAUUCGAAAACCAAAUGCCUACAAGAAUACAAAUCAAAUGUUGUUCAACACAAACACACACGACACACACAUGCGCGAAUUGUGUUGCGGAAGAAUCAAAUAUGUACGUUUCAAGGCAAACAGAAGAGCAUCGUAAAUUUAAAUUAUUUGUACUACUAAGCUAAAGUUUAAACGUUUAAGUGCAAAGACGAGACACACACCCCAAACCAGUUGUAACUAUUUAGCCCGCCUGAAGAGCAGGCGAAAAUACGUUUAGCCUAAUUUAGUGUUGCGAGAAUUGUUCGGUUUGAUUAAAGGACAACUCACUCCUCUCAACAAAUACUUAUAAAUAUAAUUUGUUCCUUGCAUAACGAGAGAUGCGGCAGGAGCCAGCUAUGCAACGUAAUUCAUGUAGUAUUUAUUCCAUAAGUUCUCAAUCUAUUUAUUUAUUUUUAUUUUUGUUAACCAACCCUUUCCGUUUCCCCAGAAAACCCUUGCCAUUAUCAUUUCUUUUACCAUGUUGUAUAUUCAUUACAUAUAAAUAUUAUAUAUUUUAUUUGCAAUUUCGUUAUGCCAUUCAUAAAUAAAUAGGAAGCAUAGCACUGACCUAACAUUACUCUAAGUUGUAGGCUCGAUACUUUAGACUAAAGUAUUUUUUUAAAAAGAUUCUUGCGACACCAGCAACCCAAGAAAACAACAAAACAACACACUAAGCUAAGCGAAGCUAGGUUAAGCCUAAUAUAACAUAAACAGAUGGAAGACAAUGAUUCAAAAUAUUUAAUAAAAGUAUGUAAUCUAAGACAAAUAAGCAAAAACGAGUUGCACUUCUGUAAGAUAUACUUUAAAUAAUAACGAAGCAAGAAAAGCAAACCAUUAAGCAACUCAAGUAGCCUACAUUAUGUAUGAUACAAAUUCUAAAGCUAAUAUUACUUUACGUAUACAUAUAUAUAUAUUUAUUAUAAACAAUAAAAUACAAUUUUAAAAAUUUAAA